AUGUUAGUUGAAACAUCAAAGCUUUUGAAUUCUAUAAUUAUUAAUUAUACAUUAAACGAAAAUACAAUUGAAAAAUUUAUUCCAUUUAUUCUUGAGACAAUUUCACAGUAUCAACUUUUAAAAAGUGAUGAUAACGUUGAUAAAGAAAAGACGCUGAUACUAAAUAAGUGGUGUUUACGUGUAAAUUCUUUAUUAAAUUCCAAAGUGAUUGGUGCGAGAUGGGCCGGAAUUUGCUUUGUUAAAAUAUCGAUUGAGCAAUCUGAAGUUUUAUUUGUUCAAAAUCUACAAACAUGGCUCACGAAACUUUUGAAUUUUCUUAAGAGCAAAGAACCAAAUUUUGUAGUAAUAGAUGUCAUUGAUGCAAUUUAUAAGUUGAUUGAGAAAACAAUUAAUAAAUCAGAACUACAAAAAGAAAUUACUUUCACAUAUUUACCUAAACCAAACAUUUUGUAUUUUUUAUCAUUUUCAGCCAAAGGAUUUCCAACAAUUUUCAAACCAUUUUUAGAAAAUACUCAAAAAUUAUGCUUGAAUAAUUUAUUAAAUGAUGAUAAUGGCUAUGAAUCUUUAAUUGUCAAAUCUUCAAUUAGUUGUUUAUCAAAUACAAUGAAUCCCAAUAUAAAGUAUAAUUAUUUAAGCGAAGAGCAACAAAUAUUUGAAAUGUCAACUAUUUCUGAUGAUUAUAUUACUAAAUUUCCAAUAUUAUUUUCAAGAUUUCAAUGUUUAUCUGAAUAUUUGAUAUCAAUAUUAAGUGUGCCAACAUUGUUUUCCAUUCAUAUUCCAAUAAAUCAAAUUCUUGAUUUGAUCUGUAGAACCUUUAAUAAUAAUAAUGAGUUAAUUAUUGGAAACAAGAAAAAAAACCAGGAUAACAAUGAUCAUGAUUUUAAUCAAUUGUAUGACAUCAACAAAAAUAACUUUUCUACUGUUCAACAAAAUAUUGAUUUACAGAUUUCUGCAUUAAAUGUAUUGAAAAUAUUAUUAACAACUUGUGGCAAUUUGGCACCUGUGAAUUAUCGAGUUACAAUUGAUAACAUUUUAAUAUAUAGAAUUAUUGCUGAUAUUAAUCAAUUAGAAAAAUCUAAUAAUAAUAUAGGAGAAAAUAAUCUCACAUUAAAAUUAUAUGAAUGUUUAUUAGCUUCAAUAAUAUCACCUUCACAAUUUCAUUCAACAAUACUCCCACAAGCAAUAAAUCUAUUCAAUUCUGGAUUAAAUUUAAAAUCAUAUCAGAUAAAUGAUCAAUAA